AUCCUUCAUUUCCAGCAGCGCGGAGGCGCUGGCGGUCAACCUCUCGUCAGGGCCAAUGCCUCCCGACGCCGUCUCAGAGUUGACGGCCACUUGAAGAAUCGCUCGGCUUCCUGGACGUUUUGAAGGAGCAAUUAAACACACCGCGAUCGCAGUUCCACCAUCCACACACGAGGAGCUGCAGACGGCAGGAGGACCACCCUGGAGGUGCUUGGACACCUCCAUCCGUCGCCAUGGCAGCUCACAGGCUGAUGCUGCUGGGUCUGCUGCUCUCCUACCCACCUCUCUACCACCAGGCGAGGAGGGACCUCACCACCACCAGCGAUGACCACCACCACCGCCAGCAGCAGCAGCAGCAGCAGCCCCACGUCUUCUCGCGCAAGGAGGCUGGAGGUGCAGGUCACGGCCGGGCAGGCCUGCCGGCCAAGGGGGCGUUCCGCAGCCGGGGCAGGCACCUGUGCCAGUGGAAGGCGACCGGCGGCGGCGGAGGGGGCGGCGGCGGCGGCGAGGUGACCGUGCGGGUGGUCUGCGCCGCACGGCAGCAGCGCCGCUCCUACUGGUGCGAGUACCGCGCCAAGCCGUCCCGCUGCGACGCCUACGGGCACAAGGCGGCGCGAUACUGGAAGCAGGUCAUCCGGCGGCUCAAGCACAAGGCGAACGCGUGCGAGGGCCGCAAGAUGCUCAAGGCCGGCGUGUGCCGGCACGCGCCCAAGAAGGCGCACCUCACGCUCGCCUACCGCAGCCGCAAGCCUCCUCAGCGCGGAAACCACCGACCGCCUCCUCCUGCUCCUCCUGCUGCUCCUCAAGGUGCGGGGCGCGCUCUUCCAGGAGCUCCAGGGCGUCCUCCAGCGCCUCCUCUUCAUCCUCCUCAUCCUCCUCAUCCUCACUCGGUAGCUGUGAACAGCGCAGAGGCACACACGUCGCCGGGCAGGAAGACCGCGUCUGCUGCUGCCAACAGAAAUCCACUCGGAGGAGGAGAUGGUGGUGGUGGUGGAGUUGGUGGUGGAGUUGGUGGUGGAGUUGGUGGUGGUGGAGGUGGAGUUGGCCCGCACCGCGUGAAGGUAGCUCACAAGGCCGGACUGGGGCCCGUGCAGAACGCGGCCACGGGCGUGAAGCCGCAGGCGGCCAAGGCGGAGCGCGACUUGCUGGUGGACAAGGCGGGGGAGGAGGAGGCCAAGGAGCAGUGGAGUGCAGAGCAGGUGGCCGAGGAGUAUUGCGCUGAGGGAUGGACGUCGCUCUGCUCGUUUCUGGUCGGGGCCUGGCAGGGUUGAGGAGGAGGAGGAGGGGGGAGGUGGUGGUGGAGCUGGUGGUGGAGCUGGUGGAGGUGGUGGUGGAGCUGGUGGAGGUGGUG